CCAAAAGCAAAACCAAGAGGCCAAAAAAGAGCAAACAAUUUUGCAGCGAAGCGCCUCCUCCGCGAGAGGCGAGGAGAAGCUGCGCGUCGCGUCACCAAUGGCGGCCUCCUCCCUCCCCCUCCUCCUCCGCCGCUCCCCCCGGGCAAUCCACGCUCUUCUUGGAUGCAGGGGCUUCCUGUAACAAGCUCGCGCGCGCGAUGGAGGGCUAUUCGAGGGACCUGCUGUGCGGGAUCGGCAGGGGAGACGCGCCGCCACGGGAGCAGAGGUCGAGGCCGCCGCGUGUGGAGAUGGAGGUGGAGCUCAGUCUCGGGCUGUCGCUCGGCGGCCGGUUCGGGCUGGAGAGGAGGGGGGAGAAGCUCUCCCGCUCGUCGUCCGUGGCGGCCAUCUUGAUGCCGCCGGAGGCGGUGCCGCCCGUGCUAGCGAGGACGAGCUCGCUGCCGGCCAAGGCAGAGGCGGCGGAGGUGGGGAAGAAGCUGGGGCUGAACGGCUGGGGUUCUUUCCGUGAGAACUGUGGCCUCGGCGUGCAGGCUCCGGUGAGGCUGACGGCGAGCGGGAGCCAGUCCUCGGGCUCGUCGGACGGCGAAGGGCAGAGAUUGCAAGUGAAUAUUGCAGACCCCCUCAUGAGGACUACUUCACUCCCUGCUGGCAUUGACGAUGAGUGUAGGAAGAGAAAGGCGGCCCAGAGUCUGAAGAGGCUCGAAUUGAAGAAGAAGAGGAUCGAGAGGAGGAACUGUCUCACUUCCAACAUGUCAAAAGAAGCAGCUGGGCAAAUUCUAGAAGAGAUGAAUGCAAGCACCGAGAAAUUGGAGAGUUGUGUUGAAGUUGUUACAAGGAAUAAGCAGAAUAUGAAUAGGCUUUCUCCGAUGCAUCAGGCUACAUUUACAUCACGAGAUUGCAGUUUGUCAGCAAUGCGAAAGAAGCCGAAUUCAGCCUUCAAAGGAACGGCUGGUGCUGAGGAGCACUGCCCAUCAUCAGCUGUUCCACCCCCCAGUGAGGUUGCAAAUGGCGCAACAGCAGCAACCCUAUCAUUUUCAUCUUCGGCUGCCAGAGCAGCGGGCCUUGGUUCCAGUGGAGAUCAACAACAUAUUUCAGGCAGAGUUGCAGCAAGGGCUAAGAGCAUGGGGGAUGCGGAGAGGAUCAUGAUGCAGGAGAUGCCAUCCGUAUCCACCAAGGGACUCCCCAACGGCAACAGGGUGGAAGGCUUCCUCUACAAGUACAGGAAAGGCGAGGAAGUGAGGAUCGUCUGUGUGUGCCAUGGUAGCUUCCUGACGCCAGCAGAGUUCGUGAAGCAUGCAGGAGGUGGCGAUGUUGCCAACCCGCUGAGGCACAUUGUCGUCAACCCUAUCCCGCUAUCGUUCCAUUGAACCUUCGCCAACGGACCUUGCAAGUGUUAUGUAGCAUCAGCCUUCAGCUUAGCUUCAGAGUAGAAUCUCAUCGUCAGAUAGUAUCUGUGGUACAGUGCUUAUUACUCUGAAGAAAUUGUUGGGACAUUGCUCUCAGUUCUUCCAACAUCUUGAUAGUAACAUGACCACUUUAUCAUUGCUGAUU